GUAUUCUAGAAAUCCGAACAGUGGCAGUUGGAAUAGUGGCAAUCAAAGGAGUGGAAAGUGAAUACUUUCUGGCAAUGAACAAGUCAGGAAGACUCUAUGGAAAGAAAGUAUGCAAUGAGGACUGCAACUUCAUAGAACUGAUUGAAGAAAACCAUUAUAAUACAUAUGCUUCUGCAAAAUGGACACACAAAGGAAAGGAGAUGUUUGUUACAUUAAACCACAAAGGGGUCCCCAUGAAAGGUAAAAAAACAAAGAAAGAACACAGAGCAUCCCACUUUCUUCCUCUGGCAAUAUCCUAA